AUGCAGUCCAAUUCUUUCAAGGAAUACUUCAGCCCCAAACUGACCAUGUGCACUUUCUCCGAAGACGACCUCAGCAGUUGUGAAAAUCAGCCAUGCCAAAACGGUGGUCUGUGUGAGAGCCACGAUGGCGCUUUCAGGUGCCUUUGCUCCCAACAGAGCCAGAACGGGCGCCUGUACGGGGGAGAAAACUGCACAACCGCACUUUCAGGCUGUGAUGACAACCAGUGUGAGAACAGAGGAAUGUGCUCGCCUUUACUUGUCCAUGGUGAGCACACCUACACGUGUAUCUGCCUUGCUGGCUUUACGGGCCCUAAAUGCCAGACCCCCAGCGUCUUCUCAUUCGAGACCAAAGGAUACAUUUACGUAGAGACUCAGCUUCUUGACCCAGAAGCUCCCCUAAAUGUGACAUUCAGCUUCAGGACGGAGAGACCCUACGGCACCCUGCUGCAGCGCAGAGUGGACGACCUUCUCCUCAGCAUUGAGCUAACGGAUGGACAUCUUGGCCUCCGUAGUCUCGAGGGUCAAGGCUCCAGCACUCUGGUUCAGGAGCUACCGGAGUAUUUGUCCAACAACAAGUGGUACACGGUUGAAGCAUCAUUGGGUGGUGCGGUCAGCAUGAUCCAGCUGCUCUACACUGAAGAAAGCUGCACCAGGGCCUCUGAGGUCCAGCUGCUGGAGCCAGCGCCUGCUCUCCCCGAGCCAGGGUCAGUCCGUCACAGCCUCUUCAUCGGAGCAGUCAGAGGGAACUGGAGUUCAGGCGGAGGAGGCGAUGAAGAAGACCACCCGCCUGCUUUUCUGGGAUGCUUCAGAGAUGUGCUUGUGGACUCACGUCUGGUGUUGCCGUCUGCAGUGCCAGAUGGUUCAGACGCCCAGGUAAACGUCAGUGAGGGGUGCAGCGACAGAGACAGGUGCGAUGACAGCCCGUGUCAGAUCAGAGGGCGCUGCGUGAGCCAGGGGUGGAGGAGCUACACCUGUGAGUGCUUCAGGCCCUAUGAGGGGGACGACUGUGCAGAGGAGUAUGUCACAGCAAGGUUUGGCAACCAAGACGUGGAGAAUUAUGCUUCUUUCUCAUUGGAUGACGAGCCAGGUGACUCUGUGAACAUAUCCCUGUUCCUUCGCACCAGACAGUCCAGCGGCCUGCUCCUCAUCCUGGCCAACAGCACCAGCCAGUACCUCCGCCUGUGGUUGGAAGAAGGAAGGAUCAAAGUUCAGGUCAACAACUUUGAGACCCUCGUUGGUCGGACUGCGAUCAGUGACGGACAUUUUCAUCUGGUGACUGUGAUGCUGAAAGGAAUGGCCGCCAUGUUGUUCCAGUCGACCCAGGUCCAGGGCCAUAUGUUCAUCAGGCCUAUCGAUGCUCAUACUGGGGAUCUGGUUUUCGUUGGGGGGCUUCCAGACCCAAGGGUCUCAGCUUCCUUUGGUCGCUACUUUAAGGGAUGCGUCCAGGAUCUAAGGAUUAACAACAAGCGACUUCAGUUCUAUCCCAUUGAAACUCCAGUGGAAUCUUACAUCCUGGAGCAACUUGUCAACGUUGCACAAGGAUGCAGCAGUGACAAUGCCUGUGCUGUCAACCCCUGUCUCAACGGAGGAGUGUGUUACUCCAUGUGGGACGACUUCAUCUGCAACUGUCCGCCUAACACUGCGGGGCGGGGCUGUGAGGAGGUCAAAUGGUGCGAGCUGUUACCCUGCUCCUUCCCUGCUGUUUGUCAACCCCGCUCUCAGGGCUUUGAGUGUUUGUCUAACGUGACAUUCCGGGUUGAAAGCAGUGUUUUGCAAUACCGGAGCAAUGGGAAGAUUAAGCGCAACCUCGACAGUUUCUCCAUCAGCUUCCGCACAAGACAGUCCGCUGCCACCUUACUGAAUGCACAUAAGGACUCAGACCAGGUCACCAUCUCCCUCCUGAACUUUCAUGUGGUCAUGGAGCUCCAGGCUGGGGCAAAAGACUCCAACAAGGUGACCGUACGAAGCGAGGGUCCGAUCAGUGAUGGAGAGUGGCACACUGUGGAGAUCAGCCUGGAGAACCAGACCCUCCCAACGUCAAGAUGGAUCAUGGUUGUUGAUGGAGGCAAGACUGAGGUUAGCAUGUCCAGAACAGCACCUGGGGACCUGGAUUUUCUUAGGGAGGGAGCAUAUAUCUUCCUAGGAGGGUUAAGCUCUGAGGCUGGGGUGAACAUGUCUGGCUGCCUGGGUCUUGUGGAGAUCGGAGGCCUUCUUCUGCCUUUCCACCUGGACACAGAGUUCAACGUCCCGAGACCUCAGGAGGAGCAAUUUGCGAUGAUAACCCCUGGUGUUGCCCCAAAUUACGGCUGCUGGGGAGCUAGAGUGUGUGCACCCAACCCCUGUAACAAUGACGGUGUGUGUGAGGACCUGUUUGACCUGCACCACUGCAUAUGUCCCUCCAAGUGGACGGGUCCACUGUGUGAAAAGCAAGCAGACUCCUGCAUCUCCAGCCCCUGCAUUAACGGACACUGCAUCAACCUUACGGAGGGGUUCGAGUGUGUGUGUGAGGUGUGGUACAGCGGCAAACAGUGUGACCUGGAAGCUGAUAUGUGUGAAAACAGCAAUUGCAGCGAAGGCGCCACGUGCCUCAAAGGUUUCCGGAGCUACGGGUGCCUCUGCCCUCUGGGUUUGACGGGUGAAUACUGCAACGAGAACAUUCCGGAAAUCCCAUGGUACAUUGAGACUCAUCCAAGUCCCCAUUUACCUGUAUCUACAUGCGCUGGUACAAUAUGGGACUACAACUGCUUUAAUGGAGGGAACUGCUCUGAAGAGGACAGCUGUCACUGUACGCCUGGUUUCGUAGGACAGUGGUGUGAGAAGGACGUGGAUGAAUGUGUCUCAAGCCCAUGCAUGUACGGCGGCUUCUGCGUGAAUUACAUGAACGGUUUUGAGUGCGUGUGUGAUAUGGAUCACGUAGGGAUACACUGCCAAAUUGAUGUCAGUGACUUUUACCUGUACGUCUUCCUGGGCGCGUGGCAGAACAUGUUCCAGCUGGUGUCCUUCCUCGUGUGGCGACUCGACGAUGAGCCAGAAAUUGAGUGGGGGUUCAUCCUCAACGACUAG